GAGGGCUUUCUAUCUCCCUUGUACCAGGAUAUACAAGCAAAGCGACAAGGCAGUCGCUUGUGUAUCAUCACGGGGGACACGAGGUGAUAAUUUUGGACCUUGCAAAUUCGGCUCUUAGUGUUGGCUUCCACAGUGUGUAUAUAUGUGUGCGUGUGUGUAUGUGUAUGUAUGUGUGUGUGUUAUUUUGCACUUUGUCUCAAAAGCCACAUCGUAUCCUUGCAUCAUUAACAUCAUCGCCACUCGAGGGGAACUGGCCAGUUAACAGGUCCGAUUCAAAAUUGUGAUAUCAACUAUUAACACUCGCCGGACGACCUAUGAGAGAGAAAGACAGAGAGAAACGAACGUUUCAUAGACAUAGUUGCGGGUAAUUUUGUAAUUAGCUAUGCGAUCCGAGUGAAUUGCGAUGAUAGCGUAGUUCGGCGUUGCGAUAAUGUAUGUGAGUUGAUAGAUCAUAAUUUGUUGCUCACCAGUGAGUAAAUAAGCAAGACAUGUCGAUCCAGAGGAGAGUGAAAUUGUUAGUCGUCGUGUUUUUCGCAGCAGUCGUAGUGCUGGUGAUUUACAAGAGCAUCGCGAGCACGAGCGAGCGCGACGAGCGCGGUCGUAGCGGCGAUUGGCUGCCGAGCGAUCGGCUCGGCGCCAAGUCGAUAAGCGCAGAUAAGGACGGGCGAGCGAGCGAGUGGAGGAGGGGCGCGGGCGCAGACGCAGGCGCGAAGAUCCAGGAGCUCGAGGAAAAGGUCAAGUACUUGGAGUCGAAGCUGGAGAGCCGAGUCCACAGGAGCUACCCGUCGGUCAAGUUCCUGAACUACAAGGACCGCAAGAGGAUCCUGGUGACCGGCGGCGCGGGCUUCGUCGGCUCGCACCUGGUGGACCGCCUGAUGCUCGCCGGCCACGAGGUCAUCGCGGUCGACAAUUUCUUCACCGGCAGGAAGCGCAACGUCGAGCACUGGAUCGGCCACGAGAACUUCGAGCUGGUGCACCACGACGUGGUGCGGCCGCUUUACGUGGAGGCGGACGAGAUCUACCACCUGGCGAGUCCGGCCAGCCCGCCGCACUACAUGUUCAACCCCGUGAAAACCAUCAAGACCAACACCCUCGGCACGAUCAACGUGCUGGGCCUCGCCAAGCGCGUGCGCGCCAGAGUCCUCAUAGCCAGCACGUCGGAGGUGUACGGAGACCCCGACGAGCACCCGCAGUCCGAGAGCUACUGGGGCCACGUCAACCCGAUCGGGCCGCGCGCCUGCUACGACGAGGGCAAGCGCGUCGCCGAGACGCUCAGCUACGCGUACGCACGCCAAGAGAACGUGUCCGUCAGAGUCGCCAGGAUAUUCAACACUUACGGCCCAAGAAUGCACAUGAACGACGGCAGGGUCGUGUCCAAUUUCAUCCUGCAAGCCUUGCAGAACCACUCGAUUACCAUCUACGGCGACGGCAAGCAGACCAGGUGCUUUCAGUACGUGUCGGACCUGGUGGACGGUUUGGUUGCCUUGAUGGCCGCUAAUUACAGCCAGCCCGUCAACAUCGGCAACCCCGUGGAAAAUACCAUCGAAGAUUUCGCGAUGAUCAUCAAACAACUGGUCGGCGGAACCAGCCAGAUCGUCAAGCUGCCGGCUGUCGAGGACGACCCGCAGCGGAGAAAACCGGACAUCGCGAGGGCCAACAAAUAUUUGAAUUGGGCGCCCAAGGUCCCGCUGGUCGACGGCUUGACCAAGACCAUUCUCUACUUCACCAAGGAGUUGCAGCGUUCCAAAUACUCGUCGGUAAAUAAUCUUAGGAAGCCGUUUAAGAACGACCACGACAUCAUCGAGCAGCUGUAACGGGGCAAUACGAAUUCGGAAAGUGCCAAGCUAUUUCGCUGUAGGGGGAAAGAAGUCAACGGAACAGUACACGAAGAAAAACCUUGUAAGACCACGGUUACGGAAUUCACUUUUUUUAAAAAAGUUUGUAAGCGCGUUGCUGGAAUUCAGACGCAAGAAAUGCGUUGCGGAAUAACAUACAUUUAUACUUUAAACGUGUGCUACCAAAGAAAACAAUUAUAGGUUCGUGUCGAAGCAGCUAAACGUAAUAUAGGCAUAGGUAACGAAUAGAGAAGCUCUAUUAAUUAAAAAUGGUAUGGAGGGAUGAUUGUGACGAGUAAUAUAGAGUUUUGAAAAAAAAACAGAAAUUGCAACGUACACACGCCACGUACGUAACAAAGACCACAAUGUAAAUAUGUAGAAGUUUGCUACUUUUAAAUGUAGAGUGACAGAUGUAAAAAACAAGUUCAACAUUGUAAAAGAAACAAUGUAAAAACUGUAAAUAAAAAU